GUUAACUGUGAAUGGAUCUGAACUACACGCGUCUUAUAUUCUCGUUGCUUAACAACAGUUUCUUCUCUUACAUUGUUUGAUUUGCUUUUAAUGUAACUAAUAUUCCCAGACAUAUACACUUACACAACUGAAAGCGUUUGUCGUGAACAAAACAAUCAAGAUGGUCUGCGCUGGAUUCACCUGCUCCAAGAAUUCCCUGUGCGCGCUCAACAUCCUCUAUGUUAUGGUGAGUUUGCUGAUGAUUGGCAUUGCUGCCUGGGGCAAAUGUUUUGGGCUGGUGUCGAGCUUUCAAGUGGUGGGCGGCAUCAUCGGUGUGGGAGUCUUUCUGUUCUUUGUUGCCCUUGCUGGACUUAUUGGUGCCAUAAAGCACCACCAGGUUCUGCUGUUCUUUUACAUGAUAAUCCUGUCUCUGGUGUUUGUAGUUCAGUUCUCAGUAUCCAGUGCGUGUUUGGCUAUUAAUGAAGACCAGCAGAAUCACCUGUUGGAGGUGGGCUGGAAUAAUUCACUGACCACUCAGAGGGACGUGGAGAAGACCUUGAACUGCUGUGGCUUCUCUCAUAUGGAUAUCAAUGGAAGCUGUAAUGCUCCCUGCUUUCAUUAUAACACGUGCACCACAUGUGCAGCAAAGAUCCAGGAGCACGCUGGCGAAGUGCUGCGCUUCGUUGGAGGAAUUGGACUCUUCUUCAGCUUCACUGAGAUCCUGGGCGUUUGGCUGACAUACAGGUACAGAAACCAAAAGGACCCGCGGGCGAAUCCCAGUGCUUUCCUGUAACCUCUCCAGGUUCGAUUCUCAUGACGACUUCACUUGAUUUGUCCUGAGCACUUGUCUAACUGCUGGAAUUCUUAUUGGAGCUUUGUUUAAGGAGAGUGUGUUUUUGCUUUUACUGAAGAGGAGAUCAGCCUGUGUGUUUGUGCUGCUAUAUAUAUAUAUAUAUAUAUAUAUAUAUAUAUAUAUAUAUAUAUAUGCUUUUG